UAUAGAGCCAUUCACAAAUAUUAUGAAAAACAAUUUCAUAAUGGGUGGCUCAUCUGCAUUUCACAUAAUAUUUAGUGUCACAUUCAUAGCUAUUCUCUUUGGUGGUCAUUGCGUGGCUGGUGCGCAUAUAGCUGUGGAUAUCAUCAACGAUAUUGGUCCAAAUGUUCAACUGGGACUACACUGCAAAUCGAAGGACAAAGAUCUCGGAUCACAAUCUUUAGCCCCUCAACAACACUGGGGAUUUAGAGAAGCUAUCAACAUUUGGGAAACAACUUUGUUCUAUUGUCACUUUGAAUGGGGUAAUCAAUCUAAAUGGUUUGAUAUUAUUUAUAUAAAAAGAGAUCAAUGGGUAUGCGAACAUCAUGAUCAGUGUGUUUGGAGUAUAAGACCUGAUGGUCCAUGUAGAUUAACAGGCCAGGAAAAAUGUUUCCCAUGGCAUGAUGCUGCUAUUUGAAUACCUUUGUAACCAGAUUUGAUAUUUCUAAGCUAAAGAAUAAACAUCUAUAUUAUUGUCCUA